AUGUCUGACGAACCAAUCACACUCCCCGAUAUGUCAAAUGUUCAACAGCCGGCAAAUGUGUAUUACUUCCGUCCCUACAGUUUCUACUGGCCUGGGGCCUUCAUCUUCGUUGGUGCAUUUGCUUGCUCUGCCUUAACUGGGACCGUGAAUACUAGCACCAGUGUCCUUCUCUGGGCCGUCUACCUACUCGGCCUUUUCACUAUCCUUUUGAUCGACCCUUUAUGCAUCUUCGAACAGAAACAUAUUGAUGAAAAUGGAUGUCCUUUUACCGUACGCCGCCCGCUGGUUGGUUUCCGCUCCUGUGAGCAGGUCAUACCUCUGGAAGUCCUGGAGCGGGGACUCUAUCGUGUAGAGGACGACGAAGACCAGCCUCGUCUCCGUGAUGGAUAUCGCUACGGGCCCGCAUUCUUCCGUAUCUAG